AAAAAUUCAAGAUGGCGGCUAACUUAGAGAGAAUACAGCAACAAAUGCAAACGGAACUUGAGAAGUUCAAGGCUGUUCAGAAAGAUUUGCAGAAAUUAAUCAACACAAGACAGCAAUUAGAUGGUCAGCUGAAUGAAAAUAAAGUUGUAAAAGAGGAACUAGACAUAAUUGAACCUGAUGGAAAUGUCUACAAACUCAUAGGACCUGUUCUGGUCAAACAAGAUCUUGAAGAAGCCAAGCAAAAUGUUGGGAAGAGGAUAGAGUACAUCACAACUGAACUAAAAAGAAAUGAGACUGGUAUCAAAGAUGUUGAAAAGAAGCGAGGUGCCAGCCAGGAGACACUAAGCAAGUUACAGCAGCAGUAUCAGCAGUUCCUGACGAAGGCCGCAGCUAAAGUAUAAGAGAAGAAAGAGACUUGCUAAAAUCUA